UUAUUGAAAGUGAUGUCUAAGUAUCGUCUUAUUCCGUUUUGUGUGAUCUUCAUUCUUUUGAUUUUAAGCAUUUUACCUAUUGCACAAGCCUGGGAUAGUGUGGACCAUGAGAUUUUUGAUAUAGUGGAUCGGCUUACGAGUUUUGAAGGAGACAAUGCAACAUUUUAUUCAUUACUUGGAGUAGAGCCCACAGCCACUGAAAAGGAUAUUGGCACAGCAUAUAGAAAAUUAUCACUCGCUUUACAUCCUGAUAAAAAUCCUGGUGAGCAUGGUAAAGAAAUGUUUAUCUUAUUAGGUUCCAUUACAAAAAUCCUUCGUAAUCCAGAAUAUCGAGAGCGUUAUAACUUUUUCUUAAAAAAUGGCAUUCCAAAAUGGCGUGGAACAGGGUGGUAUUAUAAUCGAUAUCGACCUGGUCUUUCCGG